AUGGAUCUCGCCUUAGGGGCCAUGGCCAGCCUGGCCCCCAAGCUGGCGGAGCUGCUCCUGGAGGAGUACGUCAUGCAGAAGGGCCUGAAGCCCAACAUCGAGUCCCUCUCCAGAGAGCUUGUGAUGAUGAACGCCGCCCUCGUCGACGCGUCUCGGGUUCCACCGGACCAGCUUACUGAGGUGGAAAAGCUCUGGGCACGGCGGGUCCGGGAGCUGUCGUACGACAUGGAGGAUGCUGUCGAUGACUUCAUCCUGCGCGUGGCCGGCUGCGAGUCUGCAGCUGAUGCCACUGACGCCAACAUCUUCAAGAAGAUCCUUGGCAAAGCCACCGCUGCAGUGAAAGAGGGCAAGCAUCGCCAUCAGUUCUUCAACACGGUCAAACACAUAAAGAAGCUCUCCCACGAGCUGGCUGGGCUCCAUGCCAAGUACAUGGUUAGGGCCGCGGGUGUUGAUCUCGCCGCAAGCUGCGGUAUCGACCCUCGUGUCAUUAAUCUGUACAAGAAAGAGUCGGAACUCGUUGGCAUCGAGGUGUCAAGGGACAAAGUCCUCAGGAUGAUGUCUAUAGGGACCAAAGAUGAUACUCAUGCUCAUGCAUAUUGGGACCUGAAGAUAGUGUCUAUAGUUGGGGUUGGAGGAUUGGGCAAGACUACUCUAGCCAAAACAGUGCAUGAUAUUCUUAAGAAACAAUUCGACUGUUCUGCUUUUAUUUCUGUUGGUAGGACUCCUAAUCUGACCAGGACAUUUGAGAAGAUGCUAGUGGAACUCGAUCAAAAGUAUAAGCAAGUCGACAUGGCCAGAUGGGAUAUAGAGCAAUUCGGAAACGAACUGCACGAAUUCUUACAGCACAAGAGGUACUUCAUCGUUGUUGAUGACAUAUGGGAUGUUGGAUCGUGGGAAGCGAUUAGAUAUGCCUUGAGGGACAAUAAUUGUGGAAGUAGAAUCAUCAUGACUACUCGUAAUUUUGAGGUUGUCACGAAAGUAGAAGAGGUUUACAGACUAAAACCACUUUCUGAUGGAAACUCUAUGAAAUUAUUCUACAAAAGAAUACAGAGUCAGAAAGGAGAAAGUCUUGAUGGUGUAUCAGGUGAAUUGUCUAGUAAAAUCAUAGAUAAAUGUGGCGGUAUACCAUUGGCUAUCAUUGCAAUAGCUAGUUUAUUGGUUGAAAGACCAUGUGAGCACUGGUCAAAGGUGUAUGACUCAAUUGGUUUUGGGAAUGGAGAUAAUACAAUGAAGAUAAUGUCGUAUAGUUACUAUGAUCUACCUUCUUAUCUAAAGCCAUGCAUAUUGCAUCUAAGCAAUUUUCAGGAAGAUUCUGGCAUUGAUACAAAGAGUGUGAUUUGGAUGUGGAUAGGUGAAGGUUUUAUCCAUCUUGACAAAGAGGAGGGUAGCCUAUUUGAGGUUGGAGAAAGAUACUUCAAUGAGCUUGUCAAUAGAAGCAUGAUCCAACCAAUGGACGACACAUAUUAUCGGUUCACACAAUAUUUCCGUAUUCAUGAUGUUGUGUUUGAUCUUAUCCGUAAGUUGUCGGGCGUUGAAAACUUUAUUACUAUUUUGGACAGCAAAGAUCAACAUGCUUCAUCGGACAGUUUAAGAAAUAAGAAGAAAGCAGGCAUGCCUCAUUCGGACAGCAAGGUACGCCGGCUGGCUGUCCGAAAUCACCAUGUGCAGCACUUGCCUGAAGGCACCAUGCACAUGCCAGAGGUUCUGAGGUCGCUUCACAUUGAAGAUAGUAAGAUUGAGAUUAUGGCCCCACUUCAAAGGUUUAGAGUUUGCCGUGUGCUAAAUUUACAAAACUGCCAUGUCCCGAUCAGCCUAAAGCAUCUAGGGAGGUUGUUGCAUCUCAAGUACUUAGAUAUAUCUUACACAGUUGUUGAUGAGCUUCCUAAGGAACUCGGGAAUCUGAAGUCUCUUUUGACACUGGUACUGAUCGAUAUUGGCCUAGACGAGCUACCAGCGGCCGUGUGUUCACUUACACAGCUGAUGUGCCUGGUAGCUGUUGGGUUCAAAAAGUUCCCAACAAAGAGGAUGGGGAACCUAACGUCCCUGGAAGAGCUACAGUUAAAGACCGUAGUUGGCGGCCGGAGUGCCACCGAGGGCCUAGUGGCAGAGCUUGGCAAGCUGACGAGGCUGAGGGUCGUCACGAUCACCUUCUCCCAGGUACUAGAUGACAGUUUGCAAAAUGCAUUGGUGCAGUCUCUUUGCAAUCUACUAGAACUCCAGGAACUAGAGCUUUUUCCUACAGGAUCAUUCCAUCAGGGAGUCACUGUGUGGGAAGACUGGGAGGCACCUAGGCAGCUUCUACGCCUGCUUAUACAAGGUAUCACCUUCUCACGGCUGCCUCGGUGGAUCAAUCGCUCCCGCCUGCCACGCCUCUCCUUCUUAUCUGUCAGUGUGUAUGUUGUUGAAGUACAUGACCUAGAUAACCUAGUGAGAUUGCCAGAGCUGAGCUACCUCGAGCUAGGCAGUUUCAGCUGGCCUCCAGGGUACACUGUUGGUACGGACGGUUUCAGGAAUCUGAGGUUCUGCCAUGUGGGCACAGCGCUCAAGUUUCAUAUGGGCGCCAUGCCAAGGCUUGAAGAGCUGCGGUUUGGAGUUUUGGCAGGGUAUUGGAGUUGGCACGUAGAUGGUGUGCCAUUGGAGCAGUUCCCAACAAAGCAUGUAAUUGGAGAUCUUGAAUUGGGCCUGGAUAAUCUCCUUUCACUUGAGAAAGUCACGGUCAGAGUCAACUGCACGGGUGCUACUGCCUCAGAAGUGCAGGAGGUGGAGGCCAUGGUCACGCGUGCAAUGGAAAAUCAUCCCAACCAUCCAACCAUGAAAAUGGAUCGAGUAUAUGAAGAAAAUGUGUUAUCUGAUGAACACCGGGAGGCUCGGGUGAGGCUGUCUCUUCUAGUCUGA